UUGUUGACUUUUUGUGUCCUAUUUGAACAUUGUUAAGCCUUCCCAGUUAGACAAAUCACUACACGAAGCAAGGAGCAUAGCAUGUUCUAAGAUCGAGGCGUAUAUAUGUAGCUGUUUAUCUACGAGAUGUCUACUAUGACAAUCCAUUCGCCCUACAAUUCUGGCCUUUCUCCGCCUUGGGCGUACGCUCCUAGGGAUGGGGGGAAAGUUUCCCUACCGCCUAUUCGUCAGGCUUUUCCCCACUGCUUUGAACAGCAAUUAAAACAAAACGUCGUGGCUACGACACCAUAUCCCAUAACUAGUCCUGCUAGAGGGUCUUUCAAUGGAGAAAUAACGCCCCCAGAAUAUAUAUAUUCGCCACCCUAUCACAAGAGACACUUCGAGAGUGGGAGGGACGUUGAGAGAACGAACUCGGUUCCAAGGCUAUUAACCAAUUCUAACAGGAGCCCUUAUCGCUCGGUAUCACCACCCCUUGAUUCUAGGACGGAAAUAGGAGCAUGGGGCAAGUUAGCCCGAGCUGGUUAUCCAACUGGCGAUGACGCUCUCCAACAAUAUACCGCAAAGCCGGGACAUCAUGAACAAGCCGAGCAUCAGACGACUUUAUCAAAAUUAUCCACGUUAAAUCUCGCUCGAGAUAGAACUGAACCGUUCCCAGGCCUGCCGAGCGACGACUAUAUGCGAGAAACUCAGAGAAGAACGAGGACUCCAGAAGACAUGAACACUACCUAUGGUUUAGAGAUCAGGCCAGCUUCAUACCGACCUACCAGUUACCACUACAGUUACCAUCAUCCCAACCGAGUGCAAUCCCUUUCUGUGGGGUCGGCCCAUCUCUUUGACAGGCCACCGCUAUAUUCUCCAGUGCUCUCGCCUGCCACGUAUGGCCACCAAUCACACGAUAGCUACAUGCUCGUCCGCGAACUCGGCGCCGGGGGAAACUACGAGGGCAAACAGCGGAAGCGCCGUGGAAAUCUACCAAAAGAGACAACGGACAAACUCCGUGCCUGGUUUCACUCCCACCUAUCGCACCCGUACCCAACAGAGGAGGAAAAGCAACAACUGAUGAAACAGACCGGUUUGCAGUUAAAUCAAAUAUCGAACUGGUUUAUCAACGCGAGACGACGGCAACUACCUAAUAUGAUUAACAAUGCCCGCGCCGAGGCUGACGCCAUGACCGUGCGCAGCGCGGAUAGUGGGUUAAUACCUUCGACCGAAAGGGCCGACUACGACACGGACGGCAGACUACUAAGCGACGAAGAGCCUGGUGCGACCGGUGACGUUGAAUUAGAGUCGAUUAAAAGGCGCAGGACUACUGGCAACAAACGGGGUAGUAUAUGAGGUGUCCGUGCUUCCUUACGCGGAGUUAUAUUUAUUGUAUUAUUACUAUCUUUACGAGGGGGGGUAUAGGUUUUACGCCGCGCAAUAGUUCACCUGUUCAGCAGUUCACCAGAAGAGUCUACCAACACUCUAACCUCUAACCAGGACCGGCCUUGAUCUCGCGGGCGUUUGACUCCCGCGAGCCGGUCCACGACAACUUCUUAUUUCAGCAGCAUUUGUUUUGUACAUGUUAGGUACCUAGGCGAUUCGAUUUUUUGGGCAUGGCUUUAGGGUAUGGGGAUGA